ACAAUGACACUGAUUAAGAAAUGGCAAACUACAAUGUUUCUGAACAUGGAGUAAUUUAGUUGCGAGGAUGCUAAUUUUAUCAGAUGAAUGCCCUGUUCCUUCACACAAUGCAACAUCCUGACGGUAUCGCCGGUUCCAUUCCUCUUCACAGGUCGCAGGAUUUGUGCUGGAAAGACUUUGGCCAAUAUGGAGCUCUUCCUCCCCUUUACAACUCUGCUCCAGGGGUUUCAUCUGCACCCUCCACCUUCUGUCGCUAACCUGGUCGUUGCACUUGCUGUAGGAGUGAGACCAAUGCCCCCAGCUGCACGAGUUGUUGGCUGGGCCCUGUUAGCUUCCUGUAUGUAUGUCAACUAUGGAUACUCUGCUGCAUACCAAGACCAUUAAAGGGCCCCCAUUGUACAACACUUACCACCUGGUAUUAAUGCACUGAGAGUCCGCUGGGGACAAUCGGAUCUUUCUAUUCAUUGACCCUUCACCAACGGUGUGCGUUAGAAGCCAAUUUGAUCUAAAUUCCUCAACCUGUACGUUAAUCCAGUCUCUACAAUACACCUGAGUGCAAUGGGGGAAAAAUAGCUCUCCAGUGCUUUUUCUAGCAAUUUGCAACAAGAUGAAAGCAUGGAAACAUUGA